AUGAUCAUCAGUCCUUACAAGGUGAACCGGAACCUCGUGGCCGAAACUUUCCACGCCAACGGAAUUGACUACUCGGAGAACCUCACUAUAGACGCCUCACAAGGGCAAGAGUCGCUGAUUGUUAUCAUCCCCCUGACCAAGCCAUCCAACAAUGCGGAGGAUAUUGGCUUUGUCGCCGACAAACAGCAAAUCAAUGUCACUCUAAACCGUGCGCAGAAGGUGUGUGUCAUCAUUGGAGACCUUUCUGCAUGGAAUAAUGUGGUCUGUAGCUUGAUGAAAAGGGGGAAGCACUUGGGCUCCUUACUCCUUGACGCCAGGGAAAAGGGCCAGGUGUUGGAGAAAAGGAGGAAGAUGACACAAUGGACAUGGAUGGGGCAGCCGCUCAUCCUGGGUGCUCUCGCCAAGUCUCACCGCAUUGCUCUAGAUCACCAGAGCCCGGUCCCUCUGCUGACCGCGCCCGCUCACCCUAUCCAUUAUACAGCUAUAGGACUGGAAUGGAAGACUCAGAGAUGGAGCUGCAUGAGGCGGAGUUGCUGAUGCUUAAACGGCGCUGCAACUUGUCUGAGAACCGGUUGUCGGCUCAGCAGUUGAUAGCAAAACAAUAGGAGGAUUUGGACGAGGCACGUGUGCAGGAGGCUGGCUGAGUGCAAGUAUAGUUUCUUGUUAGAACAGCACCGCCGUCGCCGACGAGACUCCCAGGCACCUUU